AUGAAUAUUCAACAGAAACGGAUUUGCCGUAUUAGGGAAUUACAUGCCAAAAAGAUCGAAGGACAACAUGCAGAUAGGACAGAAUUGAAUGCCAUAGAAAUUAUAUGUGGAAGUAGAAGUGGGGAACGUUGUGGCGAUACGGCCAGUUCUGGUCAGCAGCAAUGGGGAACAUGGAGAGUUGAAGCACUUUGUCCAGCAACGACAUUUCUUACUGCAUUUUCUCUUCAAGUAGAUCAAUACAACACUUACGACAAUACAGGUGCCAACUACGUUAAAUUCAGAUGCAGAUAUUUCAAAGAUGAAUAUUUAGAUUUUGAACUGAGCGUUUCUCCUGGGCAUGCAACACAUGGCUCCUAUGGUGAAUGGAGUGACGCUUGUCCAGCAAAAAGUGCCAUAUGUGGUGUUAAAACAAAAAUACAUGCUACCCAAUGA